UUUACUGAUUGUGAUAUGAAGGAAUUUGCAACAUUCAGUUUAGGUGUUUGUUUAUGUUAACUAUGUCUUGACUGCCAAGUUCUAUCAUACCAAACCAUGUAACUACAACGUUUUGGAAUCUUAAUACCUACCAUAAGUUAAAUUAUUUGUUGAGUAGCGGAUAACUCUGUGUUGUUUGUGAGGCAGAUAAAACUUUAUAUUUUCUCUUGUAAGAUUAGUGGAACGAAUGUGUAAUGAAGAAUUUCCCUUAAUUUAGCUAUCCUUUCUUCUUUGUAUUGAGUCAAGAUGCGCUGUUUAGAAGAGCUUACGUGUUGUUUACUCUCUAGUAAACAAGCUCUUGACGAAGAACAACUCCAAGCAUAAUUUGUUAAAUCUUUUUUUCCACCAAAAUAAACAAUGUUAGAGAAUCUUUAAUUUCCCUAGCUUGAUUUCCUUACAAGAUGAUACACUAUUAUAAUAAAUGGAAACCCUUUGCGACACUUCCUUAUAAAGGACCGACAACUCGACCCAAUCCUAAUAAACAAACCCCCCCAAAACUUCCGCUUCUACAUCCUAUUUUUAUUUUCAUUGUUUCUCAAAAGCCUUUCAAUUGUCAAGAAUAUAUAUUGACUUAUUCAAAUCACUUUGAAAUUACCUAUUCCAUAUGUCAAGAUUCUAAGUUUACCAAAUGUCAAAUAUCUAUAGUCAUUUGCAAUACCACAGUUACUAAGAAGACAGUACAGAAACUCAGCUGUGUUUAGUUGGUGCCGACAUCAUUAUUGACUUUUAGACGGGUGCUAAAUUAAAUUUUAAGCCAGGCAAAGCUUAUGAUGUUUGCGACUCUUCGAUCUGUGUCUAAAAUGAAGAGAAGUCUAAAGAAGGGAGAGCGUCCAGACUCCCGUUGCUCUUCAGCGGUUACUAUCCUUGAGACUCCAGAGAUAUUCAUUCAUAGGCCUGUCACUCUUUUUGGAGAGCCCUACACACCAACAGGGAACUUUGAGACAGAUUUCCAUGAGCUAUGCCUCAGGGCUGGCUUUCCCAGCCUCCAAGUAGUGCCACGCCCACACCGCCCCCCUACCCCAAGCCCUAUCCCACAAGAAAAUACACCCGUAACAGGAAAAGUAGCUAAGGAUGCUAAAGAGGAUACAAGUAAGGCGGAGGAUAGCACUACGCUAUCAGGGAGUGAGCAAGAGGAUCCACCCCCUACCACCUUCACAACAAAGGACAAGUACACAUUCUUUAAGCCAAAGGUAGAGGUUGAGACAGAAGAAGAGGGCAACAAGUCAUUCAUUAAGGAGAUUUAUAUCAGAGGAUGGACUAUUGAUGACAGAAUACUUGAAAUCUUAACUGUAACCCUUCCCCCUCUGGAUAGAUUAACCACAAUCAACUUAUGGAAUAAUGGUUUGACUGACAGCAGGUUCAAUCUUUUAGCCAGUACAAUACAGAGCAUGCCGAAUAUCAAAGCCCUAUCACUUGACAACAACCCCCUCAUUCUUCAACGAUACAACGCCUUGCUUGGUGAAGAGAGCACGAUCCAGCAUCUGUCCCUCAGAAACUGCUAUGUAAAUGAUAUGGGCGCCAAAAUGAUCGGAGACGCACUCACAGUUAACAAGUCUCUUACAACACUGAACCUGUGCUAUAACAAGAUCACAUGCGAUGGGGCAGCCAAACUAGCCAAGGGUCUACGGAUGAAUAGAAUACUGCUGACUUUAAACCUUGGAAGCAAUCUUAUUGGAGAUAAUGGGGCUUCCAAACUUGCUGAGGUUAUUUCAAGUUUUUCUCUAAGCCAUGAAGAGAUCAUUGCAAGGCGGCUUCUCAUAUCUAAGAAAUCUCCUGAAGAAGGAGCCAGUCCAUCCAGGAGUCUAAAUGCGCCCAUAGGAGGCUCAAAGGAAAGGCCAGCAAGUGUCCGUAGUGGGGGCCACUUGAGUAAGGAAGAGAGAAAGAGCAGAGAAAAGGACAGAGCAAGCAAGAAGAAGGAAGGAAAAAAGCAAGAAGAAAAGGCUAAGAAAUCUGCAUCUAUCGAGUCUGUCAAGGCAGCUAGCAAGGGCAAGAAGGCAUCUGCUGUCAAGGGUGACAAGAAAGGUGCACAACAACCAGAACAAGAGCAACAAAAUUUUCUUUCGCAGCAACCUGAGGUACUUGAGUUCCCAAACCCCCUACUGGAGAUACCGCUAAAGGAAGAGGGAGGAGAGAUUGUCAUCCCUGGUAACCGGGCUCUUAUCAGCAUCAAUCUUGCUAGGAAUAAAGUAAGUGAAAUGGGAGUUGAGGCCUUCCUGAUUGCAGUUCAAAGACAAACAGAACUAAUAUCCUCUUCACCCAAGCCUUCAGGGCUGAUGAGGCUGUCCCUAGCGAAAAAUAAAUUUGCUCCUAAUAAUGGUACUUAUCUACGCCUUAUGGACAUCAUGCAGACUAAAGACCCAUUUUACAAACCUCCUGAGCCUGCUGAGGACACUAUUAGUACCAUCAAGGAGGAUCCUUGACAGAAAUUAUAAAGUCAAAUCAAGUGUACCAGAAUUCUUUUAAUUGUGAAUAUUUCCAUAGUCAGUACACCACAACUGCACACUGCUUGUUUCUUUCAGAAAAUAGUGGCUUUAUAAAUAAUGGUGUUUGUUUUAGAAAAAAGUGGUUUUUGUAAAUAAUGUUAUAAAUAAUAAUAAUAAUAAAUAAAAAGUGAGCAUUGCUACCACUAUAAA